CUCCCUCCCUCCCUCUCUCUCUCUCUCUCUCUACGGUAAGAAAGAACAACAUGGGAAUUCUUCCGUGUCCCUUGCCCUGCAGCUCCGACGCCACCAUCUCUUCCGAGCAUCAGUCUUCCCACUACCGUCACCUUCAAUCCGAAUCCUCAAGUUCCCUCGCCUCCCAAUCCAGCCUUCCCUCCGUCCCUUCCCUGACCCCUCAACAAUCCCAACCCUUCGACCUAUCUCCGACUCCCGUCCACCACUGUUGCGUCGCCACUCUCUCCGCCCCCUCCUCCUACGUCUCCUCCCUCGCCCUCGCCGGCAAGUUCCUCUACAGCGGCUCCUCUGACGGCGAGGUGAGGGCGUGGGACCGAAGCCUGCCCGGAUCCGAUGCAGGGCUCGCGGCGCUGGCCGCCGUCAGCACCAGCGCUGUAAAGAGCGUGGUUGCGCGCGGGGACAGGCUCUUCACCGCCCACCAGGACCAGAAGAUACGGGUGUGGAAGAUCGAGGCCGACGGGAGGUACAGGCUCGUGACCUCGCUGCCCACGUUGGCCGAUCGCUUCGCGAGGCUAUUCUCGCCGAAGAACUACGUGGAAGUGCGGCGGCACAAGAAGCGCACGUGGGUCCACCACGUCGACGCCGUGUCGUCGCUCGCGCUGGCCCAUGACGGCUCGGUGCUGUACUCGGCCUCGUGGGACCGGUCGUUCAAGGUCUGGCGGGUGUCCGACUUCCGGUGCAUGGAGUCGGUGGACAGGGCGCACGAUGACGCCAUCAACGCCGUCGUCGUGUCCCGCGACGGCCAUGUCUACACGUGCUCCGCCGACAGGAAGAUCAAGGUGUGGAAGAAGGAGGGUCACCAGAGAAAGCACGCGUUGGUCGCGACUCUAGAACGGCACAGGUCCGCGGUCAACGCUCUGGCGUUGAGCGAGGACGGAUGCAUCCUCUACUCGGGUGCCUGCGACAGGUCGAUCCUCGUUUGGGAGAAGGUCCAAGACGGAGGGCGGAACAGAGGAUCAGAGGGCGGCAGCAGCGGGGAGGGCGAGCACUACAUGGUGGUGGUGGGGGCGCUGCGAGGGCACAGCAAGGCCAUUCUGUGCGUCGCGGUGGUGGGGGACGUGGUGUGCAGCGGGUCGGCGGACCACACGGUGAGGGUGUGGCGGAGGAUGGGAGAAGAUCGGAGCUACUCCUGCUUGGCGGUGUGCGAGGGACACGCGAAGCCGGUGAAGUGUUUGGCCGCGGCCGCCGACGCGGACGGCGGCGAGGGCAGUGGGAGCGGGACCAGAUAUCUGGUCUACAGCGGCGGACUGGAUUGUAAGAUCAAAGUAUGGAGAAUUUGCUUUGGUAAAGAGUAGGUGGGGGAGGGUCAAGUUGGACAUUUCCACCCGCUCAUCGUAUUUCUUUCUUUUGUUGACAGGUUUGUUUGUUUUGGCGAUUUGUACAUAAGCAAAAUGAGUGUUUCUUUUCCAGAA